UUACCGUGUGUGAACAGUGUGAACUGUGCUGUGCAGUGCAUUCUUCUCCAAUUAUAUCAGCAAAAUAUUGUGAAACGAUAGGAGGAAUCAAUAUUAUUGUCCUCUAUAUUCUUCAAAGGUAUUAAAAUACUAUCGAAACGAACAUUAAAUCGAUGAAAUGUUGAACGUUUCGCUUAAAUUUGGCGGAGCAAUUUCGCGACAAUUUGUGCGUCGUACUUUUGUGUCGGCAAAUGUCGAAAGACAAGGUUUAAGUUCCGAUAAACAAUUCAGCAUUAAGGAUGAGGUUCUCGAUGGUAGGCCACUUUAUCUGGACGCACAAGCAACAACUUCACUCGACCCUCGCGUUCUGGAUUCAAUGCUACCUUACCUGACCUGCUACUAUGGCAAUCCGCACUCUCGAACGCACGCCUAUGGUUGGGAGUCGGAGACGGCUAUGGAAAAAGCGCGAGCUCAAGUGGCCCACCUUAUAGGAUCCGAUCCUAGGGAAAUUAUUUUCACUUCCGGUGCUACCGAGUCCAACAACAUUUCCGUUAAGGGAGUGGCUCGAUUUUAUGGAACAAAAAAGAAGCACAUUAUUACUACACAGACUGAGCACAAAUGCGUACUGGACUCUUGUCGUGCCCUAGAAGCCGAGGGUUUUCGGGUAACGUAUCUGCCCGUGCAAACUAACGGGCUUAUUAGUCUGGAGGCAUUGGACGAAGCUAUUACGCCAGAAACUUCGCUUGUUUCAGUUAUGACAGUAAACAAUGAGAUUGGAGUGAAGCAACCAAUUACGGACAUUGGAAAGCUUUGCAAAUCAAAAAAUGUCUUUUUUCAUACAGAUGCUGCCCAGGCAGUUGGAAAAAUUCCUAUCGAUGUGAAUAAAAUGAAUAUUGACCUGAUGUCGAUUUCAGGACACAAGAUUUAUGGUCCAAAAGGCGUGGGCGCCUUGUUCGUAAGACGACGGCCCCGCGUUCGAGUAGAAGCCAUACAAAGCGGUGGUGGCCAGGAGCGUGGCAUUCGAAGUGGAACCGUACCAACACCUCUUGUAGUUGGGCUCGGUGCAGCGUGUGAUAUCGCCAGUCGCGAAAUGGAAUACGAUCACAAAUGGAUGAAGUUCCUUUCGCAGAGAUUGAUGGACAAGAUAUUCUCGGCAUUGCCGCAAGUGAUUCGUAAUGGGGAUCCAGUGCAUUCGUAUCCAGGUUGCAUAAAUCUUUCGUUUGCCUUCGUGGAAGGUGAAUCCUUGCUGAUGGCCUUGAAGGAUGUAGCCCUGUCGAGUGGAUCAGCGUGUACGUCUGCGUCGUUGGAGCCUUCUUAUGUACUGCGUGCCAUCGGUGCCGAUGAGGAUCUUGCACACAGUUCGAUCCGAUUUGGAAUUGGCCGAUUCACAACGAUCGAAGAGGUUGACUAUACAGCUGAAAAAUGUAUUAAACACGUCACACGGUUGCGUGAAAUGUCCCCGCUGUGGGAAAUGGUGCAGGAAGGGAUAGACAUCAAAACGAUCCAGUGGUCUCAACAUUGAGAUGGUCUGCAGUAAAAAAGCGUUUGAAUGAAGGUGAGAAAAGGUAAUUACGAUAUGAUAGGGUUAUUGAACGAUAUGUUUUAAAAACUAUUCUUGUUAGAAUUUUGCAACUUUACAGAGUGCAUGUAGCAAUAAACAAGUUAUGUUAA